AAAAAUAGGUAGGAUCAAACCAAAAUAUGAGCGCGCGACCGAUGGAGGCGACCCCGCCCGCUUCCGUGCUUGUCCACUCGCUCGUCAAGCUCAUCCCGUUCGUGGUCUCGGCGCUGAGCAUGGCGAUGCUCGUGCUCAUGUACUGGCGCUUCCAAGUGCUCGCCAGCACGCUCUCGACCGUUCCGAUCGCGUUCGUGCGAAUCAACGUCGGCGGCGCAACGUUUCAGACAACAACAGCGACACUGCUCCGACGCCUCGACUCGGUCUUCCCCGUUGUGCUCUCGGCCCCCAACUGGCCCCGCGACGAGUCGGGCGCCUACCUCUUUGAUUGGGGGCCCGAAGACGUCCCCAUGGUGCUCGAGUACCUCCGCACGGGACGACUUGAGGCCACCGCACCAUGUGGCGACGGCACAGUUGCCAGCAGCCACCACCUCCGGCGGACCUUUGCGUUCUUCCGCCUCUCGCUGCCGCCUGUCUCGCUCGCGUUGCAGCACACAAUGACGUCAGACGUCCAAGUCGCUUCGGUCUUCCUCCGCGAACGAGUCUUUUGGGACGUGGACCGAAGCGACACGUCGAUUGAGUUUGGCGACGACGCUCAAGUGGCGACUCUGUUGCCGACGGUGAUGGAGGAUACCGACAAUGGAACGUCGCCGCUGCUGCCGCCAACGCUCGUGGGCGCCGAUGCCGUCAACGAAUUCGCCGUGUGGACGUCGGACAUUUACCGAAUCGGUCUCGGGAUCGCGCCCCGGCAUUGCUACUGGAGCCUCAUCGAAGACUGCAUGUGGCAUCAUGACGGACUGCUGAGUAGCAAUGGUAAUGACGACGACGUUGAUGCAACGCCCGGCAUUUUGCAGCUCCGGUGGGAAGGCAACACGCGCCAUGUGACCAUCUCGCACGCCGCUUGCGACGACCUCAACAAGUGCACUGUCGAUUUCGUCAAGGUGGCGACCGUCCAGACGUACCUUGGGCGCAACGCCGAUGUCUACCCCGACAUUCGCCUCUUUCCACGCAACGAGACGUUGAUGGUGACUGUGAUCAACCCGCUCGAAGCCUAUUGACAAGAAAAGAAACGUGAGGAAUAUAUAAAUACGAGUAUUCGAGACGUGAAAUGACA